AUGAAUCUAAUUUUCUCCAAAUUGGCGAGGCAUAACGUUUUCAGUUCAACUUAUCCAUACAACCAAGCUUCUUUUCGAUUCAUCAGCAUGUUUUCUAACUUCAAGAUAGCAUUCACAUCUUCAACCAAACCGGAACGAGCACCCAGGGGCACCCAGGUUAGAGGAGACUACAAAGAGCUAAUCCCCCGCGUUCAGAAUGAUAUAAAUAUCAUUACUACUCAACUUGCCCAAUAUGAGAACAAGUCGCUACUACGAAAAAUAAUCCAGUUGAUGAAGAAGAAUCAUAAAGAACAGAUCGAGGAGCUAAAAAGGGAGCAUGGUGGAACACCCAAACACGAUGUCAAGCUAUUCCACCUACUCAAAACACAGUUAGCUGAGUUAGGUAACUUAUUGGACAUUUUCAAAAACAAUUUCAUCCACUCAUUAUAUGACAAUCAUUUACUCGAUUAUAAGAUGCAAAAACUAGAGUCAAGUUCAGGAUCAAAACUUAGCUCAGCUUCUUCUGGGUCUUCAGUAUCUUUACUUUCAAUGGGUGAAGUGGAUGACAAUGUGGUUGAUGAUGCACCAGAUUAUUUGUUAGAUCCAAUAUCAUUCGAAAUUUUAACGGACCCAGUAGUCACUCCCAGUGGAAUCACUUACGAGAAAGAAGAGAUCUUAAACCAUAUCAAUAGUAAAGGCAAAUAUGAUCCAAUAAGUAAACAACCCUUAAGUAAGGAUCAGUUGUAUCCAAAUUUGAUUAUAAAGGAUACUGUCGAGGCAUAUAAAGUAGAACAUAGCAAAUAA